AUGACAGUCCUGCAUCCAGUCCGAGCUCCAGCCCCAGUCCGGACGGUCGUCGUCGGGAGCUCCAGCGCGCGUGAGAGGAGCCGAGUGCAAACCCUUAGAAACGCGUUCCUGGAGCUUCAAAGGACUUUACCAUCAGUGCCGCCGGACACCAAGCUUUCCAAACUUGACGUGUUGAUACUGGCCACCACCUAUAUUGCCCAUUUGACUCGAACACUGCAAGAGGAAGGCACGGAGGAGGGAGAGAGCACAAAACAAACAGAGGCGUUACAUUCAUUGAAAGGUGAAGGAUACCUGCACCCAGUGAAGAAAUGGCCAAUGCGAUCCAGACUGUAUGUCGGGGCGUCCGGACAGUUCCUGAACACCACGAAUCCUGAGUCGGAGAGUCAGGGCCCAUCGUCGUCCACCGCGCAGUAAUAUUCUUAAGUCAUUUGUAUGAAACUAUUUCAUGUUUGCAUGAGUUCAUGCUGUUUACAUUGGCGGCAGCUUAUGCCUUGUGAUAUAACAAUUAGUCUAUACUUCCACUAAGCCCUACCAAUAGGAAGACAUUGUACAUUAAUUUAUUGUGAAUUUUAUUGUAUAGUUUUUGUGACAGCGUACAUUGUUUUUCUGUUGAUAUUUUGGUUAAUCCUGUUGCCCCGUAUUGUGCAGCUCCAUACAUGUCCCGGGUAUAUUUGUAGAAAUUCCAUGGGCUAACGAGCCCGUCAUGCAUGAGGUGUGCACUUUCAGUUAAAACAUUUGCACUAAAUGCAUGUGUGAAUAACUUAACAUCUGUCAUGUGAAGUGGUCUGUCAGAGUCAACAAUGGAGACCUCAUCUCAUGUUCCUUCUUAGUUUUUACGUGCAUGGUUGUAAAUGUGCUAGUGAUUAAAUUACUUCAGUGAAAGAAGACAAGUCUCCUGGUUUUGACAGUAAUAGAAUGAAAAUGUCCUAAACAUUUAAUCCUAUAUAAUAAAAACGUAUAGUUCAGAGGGAAUUUAU